GUCUCUCGGCGGGGCCGGGGGUGGGGGGGAGAGGCUGAGCGGCGGAGAUGGCGUACCAGCUAUACCGUAACACCACGCUGGGCAACAGCCUGCAGGAGAGCCUGGACGAGCUCAUACAGUCACAGCAGAUCACUCCUCAGCUUGCACUCCAGGUCCUGUUGCAGUUUGACAAGGCUAUUAAUAGUGCAUUGGCCCAAAGAGUCAGAAACAGAGUCAACUUCAGGGGUUCUUUGAAUACAUACAGAUUCUGUGACAAUGUCUGGACAUUUGUCUUGAAUGAUGUGGAAUUCAGAGAGGUCACUGAGCUUGUAAAAGUGGAUAAAGUGAAGAUUGUAGCGUGCGAUGGCAAAAGUUCAGAUGGAUGUUAAAGAACCCAUGAUACUAUUCAAAAAGAAAGGAGCUCUUCCACAUGCUCUGGCCAACAAUCCUCCAGAUAAAUUGCUCAUUCAUCACUUUCUGAUUAUUUUGUGGGAUAUUGCUACGUGUAAACUUGCUGCCACAUUUACCAACAAAUAGUCACUAAACUUAUCAUUAAUUGCUGUGAAACAUUUUGAAGCAUUUCAUUGUGAUAAGAUACUGUGUCGAAUGCAAGAAUUAUUAUUUACUGAAGAGAUGCAACACGUAGAGUUUCUGCCAUGUGCAUUUAAAAAAAUCUUGUCCCAUUGUUUCAGAUGCAUAGUUUAUAAAGCAGAAGAUUCAAAUGUAUACACAACUAGAAUGGCAUUGAUUUGUCUAGCUGAUUCUUUUAAUUUGGAAUUUUUAAAAUUGCAUGUAUGAUGGGUAUGAAAUGUUAAAGCUGGAUUUAAGAAAUGUACUGUAUUGCAUUGAAAUUGAAUCUGUUUUUGUUUACAGACACUGGCUCAAAUGCAACUGAGUGAAUGUAAAAGUGAAUUUUUUUAACAAGAUCUAUAACUGGAUAGGUAACUCUGUGAAGACGAAACCAGACCAGCCUUAUUUAUGAACUAUUCCAGUUAUUAACGCAGUGCAUCAAAUUGCAGCUAUUUCAUUUAUUACUUAACUGUGGAACAAAUAAUGUGAGCAAAUUUGUACAGUUACACAGAUGUACAUUAUAGGUGAGAUUUACUUUUUUUAUGAUAUGAAAUCAUAACUCGUAGCUUUUUUUUGGAUUAAUGUUUGAAAUUGAAAGAAAAAACGAAUAAAGUUUUACUU